AUGACUUCUUCAAUCCAUGAGCUUUCUGAUAACAUUGAAAGUCAUGAGAAGCAAGAACACAGAGAGUCUCAAAUUUCUCCAAUAAGCAAUUCUGAAUCAAUAGCUACAAAUCUAGCCUACACAGAACAGCUUCCUCACUCCAUGGCACCUGGACACUAUCCGUAUCCAGAUCCCUACUACCGAAGCAUCUUUGCACCGCCUUGUCACACACAGGCGUAUCUUCCUUUGGUGGGGUAUUGUGUAUUACUCAGUACAUUGCUAUUCGUAUCCAGAUCUCUACUACAGAUAUUUGCACCGCCUUGUGACACAACCUUAUCCCCCUUUGGCGGCUUAAUACAAAUCAUUUCAGGGACAUCUGCAGUUAAUGGGGAAUGCAUCAACAAACUGUGCCUUUACCAUCUGAUGCAGUCGAGGAAAUUAACUGACUCUUCUGUUGAAGUCAUCUCUGCAAAAUGUCCCAACUUAAGCGUGCUUGACCCUGGCUAA